ACAAUAUAUAUUUCUCUCACUUUUUCCCAAAGACUCGGGAAUACUGAGACAUUUCGGGCGAAAGAAGAGCCGGAGGACCAAAGUUUUGUCGCCAAACGCAUAAAACUCUGCGCCAACGACGAGGAGGACCAGGAAUUGGUGACCACAUCGUCGCUGGACGACGAUCUCGUGCCGCCACUGCAAGCCCUACAUCACCACCAGAAUCAGCUGCUGAACAGUCCGUUGGCCGACACAAAGUCCAACACUAUAUCGUCGUCUCCGAGCGCCAGCAGUGAUAGCGGACACUGUAGUAGAGCUUCGCCUGACAUCACUUCACUCACGACAGCCAAUGGUGCGCUCCAGCCUAUGGCCAGUGCCAGUGGUGAAUCACCAACUGAUUACCAUAACCAUUGGGCAAUGUGUGGAAACGAUGUGAAAGUGGACUCGACUCUACUCUCAUCACAUGCUCUCUCCGACUCUGAUUGCAAUAUCUAUUCAACUGGUGUCGCCGAUCAUCUGAAUUCAUCAUACGCUGAGCUCAGCCCAACCCAUCCCACAUCAUAUCCCUAUUACGAUAGAAUUGACAGCAUGCAGGCCGCCUAUCAAAGUACUUAUAGUACGGGAUCAGCCGCCGCCGCGUUCGCUGCCAAUUAUUACCCACAAACCAAUCCCUAUGGCGUUAUGUCUCAAUCAUAUAAUGGUUCGCGCUCAAUAAGCUCUCAAUGUAAGACGAGCUCAUCGGCAGCACUGGCAGCUCAGGCCGCUUAUCUCAAUCCAUCUCCAUUUAGUACAACUUUUAAUAACAGCAAUUCCCAAACUGCACAAAACGCCUAUUGCUAUGGCUAUCCGUCGACGUUCUCCAACACCGGCGCUAACUCUCAGCUGCAGACCAAUUGUCAACAGUCCUCAGCGCUGGACUACCCGUACGCCGGGUUCGGCCACUCGACCGGCUAUUCUCCCUAUUAUAACACCGGUUACGGCAGUUAUAUUCCAAACACAACGUCUAAUGUAAAUACCUCUCCAUCGCCCGCAUCAGCCCUCACACUAUCCUCCGCCGCCAACUCCUCCACACCUAACGCCACAUAUCAGUUGACACAACUGUCACAACAAACAGAUCAAAAUUUGUCACAUUAUCAUCACAUAGACGACUGUCCAUCGCCUAUAAAGGCUGAAAUUCAUCAAAAUGCCAGCACUGGAGGCGCCAAAAAAGGCACGAAAGGGUCGGGUCGUAGGGGCCGUCGACCGCCCAACCCGUCACCGGAACCCGAGAAUAAUCUCGAGCGCGUGUUUGUAUGGGAUUUAGACGAAACUAUUAUUCUCUACCUCUCGUUACUGACAAAAUUGGAUACGAGUCAUCACGAUUGCAAAUGUAUUCACUGUAUUGGCAGUCAAUUAGAGUUACUCAUUGAGCGGUUCGCUAAGAAUCACUUCUUCCUCAAUGACUUGAGAAACUGUGAACAGGAGCACGUGGACGACGCCGCUGCCGAGGAUAAUGGCCAGGAUUUAAGUAAUUAUAAUUUCCAAAGCGAUGGCUUCGCCGAAGAGUACUCUCAGCCGGCCAUCGGUGUGAUUGGACUCAAUCCGUGUCCCAUUCGGGGUAAUAACGAUUCGUGUAGGAAAAUGGCCUUUCGGUACCGACGGAUCAAAGAGGUCUACUCUCAGUACAGAGAAAAUGUUUCAGAUCUAUUGAGUGGACCCGAGAGAGAAAAGUUGUAUGAUAUCCAACGGGAAUGGGAUGUCUAUACCGAAGGCCGAACACUUAAAGCACUCAAAUGCUUACAACUAAUCAAUUCGAGGCCUAAAUGUAUGAAUGUUUUGGUCACAUCACUUCCAUUGGUAGAGUCUUUGGCCAAAGUGUUGAUUUUCGGAGUGGCGCCUAAUUUUGCCAUUGAGAACAUGUAUAGUUCAGUCAAAACAGGCAAAGACCAUACUUUCCAACGAAUAGUGAAUAAAUUUGGCAAAAAGUGUACAUAUGUUGCGAUCGGCGAUGGAUUAGAAGAGAAAAGCGCCGCUCAAAAGCUGGACAUCCCAUUCUGGGAAGUGACGUGUACGCAUAACCUGGAUCAAUUAUACAAUGCAUUAAGUUGGGGGCAUCUAUAAAAUACAGUUAUAAAUUAUAUUAAUUAUGAUAAUUUUUAACAUUAAUAUAAAUGUACAAAAAUAUACAGUAUAUAUAAUAUCG